AUGGCUUCUACAACAAAUCAAAGUUUCAUUUUCAUGCUAAUCUUAUUUCUCAUUGUUCUCAAAACAUCAGCAUCAUUCACCAAUGGAUUUUUACCAUUAGCACCUAAACAUGUUAUUAUCAUUAACAAAUUGAUCUCACGUGCAACUAUGACUGUGCAUUGUAGAAACAAAGGGGACGAUCUAGGGGUUAAAACACUUGCUCCUGGAGCUAGUUUUGAUUUCAAGUUUCGUGUCAAUUUUCGCAAGACGACGAGGUACACUUGCAUAUUUGAGUGGCCUAAUAAUACAGCAACGUUUGAUAUAUUUAGAGUAGAUAGAGACGACAAUCCAAAGAGUAAAUAUGGAGUAUGCAGAGAAUGUAUUUGGAGCAUUUAUGAGCUAACUCCUUGUCGAGAUAGACGCGAUGGAGGCCAACCUCAGUGUUUUCGUUGGAAUUCUUAA